GAGUCUUGUUUGUGAUUGUCUUUGUAGCAGUGAUGAGUGUGGUUUCUGUGUCUCACUCAGAGUGAGACCUCUGCCUGUACAUACUCUCUGUGUCUUGACGUGGCAAGGAGUGCCGCCAUAUUGUUUUGCUGCGUUGUCAGCGGAGAGCAGCGGCGCUUUUCAGUGACAUAGUGACGCCUGCAUCCUGUUCAACAUGGCCACCUUCCCAGAGUACAUUGCUCAGAACGAGGAGCGAGAUGGCGUCCGCUUCAGCUGGAACGUCUGGCCCUCGAGCCGCUUAGAGGCGACCCGAAUGGUGGUGCCGGUGGCAGCUCUGUUCACACCCCUGAGGGAGAGAAGUGACCUGCCCCCUAUCCAGUAUGAACCAGUCCUGUGCAGCCGUGCCACCUGCCGUGCAGUCCUCAACCCACUGUGCCAGGUGGACUACAGAGCCAAGCUGUGGGCAUGCAACUUCUGCUACCAGAGGAACCAGUUUCCUCCAUCUUACGCUGGGAUCUCUGAGGUGAACCAGCCUGCUGAGCUGCUGCCUCAUUUCUCCACCAUUGAGUAUGUUGUACAGCGGGGCCCUCAGAUGCCACUUGUCUUCCUAUACGUGGUGGACACCUGCAUGGAGGAUGAGGACUUACAGGCUCUGAAAGAGUCUCUCCAGAUGUCCCUGUCUCUGCUGCCCCCCACUGCUCUGGUGGGACUCAUCACCUUUGGACGAAUGGUUCAGGUCCAUGAGCUGGGCUGUGAGGGAAUCUCCAAGAGCUAUGUCUUCCGGGGUACAAAGGACCUAAAUGCUAAGCAGCUUCAGGACAUGCUUGGUCUUACAAAACCCUCUGCAGCUCAGGGUCGAGGGCCUCAGACCUCCCAGCAGCCUCUUUCCAACAGGUUCCUACAGCCAGUGCAGAAGAUUGACAUGAACCUGACUGACCUUUUGGGAGAGCUUCAACGAGACCCCUGGCCUGUCACUCAGGGGAAGAGGCCACUGCGCUCGCUGGGUGUUGCAAUGUCUAUUGCUGUGGGACUUCUGGAGUGCACCUUCCCUAACACUGGUGCCCGGAUCAUGACGUUCAUUGGGGGCCCAGCUACGCAGGGACCAGGUAUGGUGGUCGGGGAUGAGCUGAAGACCCCCAUCAGGUCCUGGCAUGAUAUUGAGAAGGACAAUGCAAAGUUUAUGAAGAAAGCCACCAAACAUUUUGAGGCUCUCGCCAACAGAGCUUCCACAAAUGGACACAUCAUUGACAUUUAUGCUUGCGCUCUCGAUCAGACGGGUUUGCUGGAGAUGAAAUGCUGCCCCAACCACACAGGAGGAUACAUGGUGAUGGCCGACUCCUUCAACACGUCUCUGUUCAAGCAAACCUUCCAGAGGGUUUUCACCAAAGACGUCCAGGAAUCCUUCAAGAUGGCUUUUUCUGCCACGCUUGAGGCCAAGACAUCCAGAGAGAUCAAAGUGUGUGGAGCAAUUGGCCCCUGUGUGUCUCUGAACGCAAAAGGACCAUGUGUAUCUGAAAACGAGAUCGGGACGGGAGGAACCUGUCAGUGGAAGAUCUGUGGUCUAGAUGCAAGCACCACACUGGCUCUUUACUUUGAGGUUGUGAACCAGCAUAAUGCUCCAAUCCCUCAAGGUGGCCGUGGGGCGAUCCAGUUUGUCACUCAGUACCAACAUUCCUCCGGACUAAGACGCAUCCGAGUCACCACGACUGCAAGAAACUGGGCUGAUGCGCAGACUCAGAUCCAGAGUAUAGCAGCAUCAUUUGAUCAGGAGGCUGCGGCCAUCUUGAUGGCGAGGUUGGCGGUUUACCGAGCAGAAACGGAGGAGGGACCCGAUGUGCUGAGAUGGUUGGAUAGACAGCUGAUCAGAUUGUGUCAAAAGUUUGGAGAUUAUCACAAGGACGAUCCAAACUCCUUUAGGUUUUCUGAGACGUUCUCCCUCUAUCCUCAGUUCAUGUUUCAUCUGCGGCGCUCCCCGUUCCUUCAGGUGUUCAACAAUAGUCCUGAUGAGAGUUCUUAUUACCGACAUCAUUUCAACAGACAGGACCUGACGCAGGCCCUCAUCAUGAUCCAGCCUGUGCUCUACGCCUACUCCUUCAAUGGACCACCUGAGCCAGUGCUACUGGACAGCAGCAGCAUCCUGCCGGACCGAAUUCUACUAAUGGACACCUUCUUCCAGAUUGUCAUCUACCAUGGAGAGACUGUGGCUCAGUGGAGGAAGGCUGGUUACCAGGACAUGCCUGAGUACGAAAACUUCAAACACCUCCUCCACGCUCCAGUGGACGAUGCUCAAGAGCUGUUGCAAACCCGCUUCCCCAUGCCGAGAUACAUCGACACGGAGCACGGCGGCAGUCAGGCUCGCUUCUUGCUCUCCAAAGUCAACCCUUCUCAGACUCACAACAACAUGUAUGCCUGGGGACAGCAGGAGUCUGGUGCUCCCAUCCUUACUGAUGACGUCAGCCUGCAGGUCUUCAUGGACCACCUAAAGAAACUUGCCGUCUCCAGCGCUGCCUGAUCCUGCCUCCUUUAUGUUGCUGUGCAUGCAUUUGCUCCCUGAACCAAACAACAAGCACUCCGUUUCUGUUAGUGUAAAUCUGAGCAGCAGGUCCAGGACAUUUCAAGUCAAUAGUUUCAGUGAAAAUUUCCAUCUAACCUAAACCUAAGCGGCUCAGGUCCAUGUCGGUAAAGUCGUAAUCAGCUCUGGUAUCUUCCUGUGUAUCCACUUUGUUUCAUGUGAGUGUUGCAAAUAAUUUAACUAAGAAUUUAAAAAACCCUGCCCAUGUGUGAUUCAACUACAGAAACCCAUCCAUAACCUGCGAGUCACCUGCUGUCAGAUGGGAUGCUCUCAGCACCACUAAAACAAGCUUGGAGAAUUUGCAGUAAAACAUAUUCCUGGUUUAUAUUUCCCCAUUUGACAUAUUUCACAAACAUUCAACAGCUGCUAAAUACAAAAAAGUACAGUUUUUCUUUUUGUUUUGGUUAUACAGUAUUGUUUUUUAUUUAUGUGAGCAAGUAAGUGUAUUGGUUUCUUUAAAGCAUUUACUUUCAGUUCCAAAAGGAAAGGUUUUGUUGAGGCAGAAGAUUGCAUAUGUUCUUUUCAUUCUGUCUUAUGUUUCCAGUAAAACUGUGCUGUGGAGAGCCUGCUAAUUUUCUGUGUUUUUCUUCAGAUUUAUCUCAGAAACUGAUCGUGAGAUAAAAGGUAAAGCUUCACUGCCCCCUUCUGGAAUCUAGUGACUGAAUCCUUUUUCCAAGGAUAAUCUCUCUUGUGGUCCCUUGGCACUUAAUUCAGGUUGUGAUUAAGUCAUCAGUUCUUCCAGAUUCCUUGUACAUCAAAAUAAAUAACUUAUGCCAUUA